CAGCGGCGCUCAUAGAAAACGCUCAACAUGCAGCGUGCGCGACUGCCGUUUCGCAAAGCCCACGGCCCGAGAGACCUCACCAGCUUCUGCAUGCGACUGAGUCAGAGACAGAACAAAUGGGUCAGGAUUAAGCUUUGAGGGUAAAUGGAAGGGAAUGGCACGUCCAUCUUUGCCUUCUUCGAUGGACUCAACGUUACCAGGUAUAUCCAGGCAGGUCCUAUCCGUGUCCAUGGAACUUAAAUAUCAGUGUCAAAAGUGCAAGGACGUUCUGAGGAAACCUUUCCAGGCGCAGUGUGGACAUCGUUUCUGCGUGUUCUGUUUUAAACAACUCACCAGCUCUGGCCCAAUCCCUUGUGAAGCUUGUCGUGAUGAAGGCAUCUUUGAAGAAGAGCUCUCAAUGCUCAACUUUUCUGUGGCUUUUCCAGACAAUGCAGCGCGAAGAGAAAUCGACAGUUUGCCUGCCAAAUGCCCGAAUGACGGCUGUUCCUGGUCAGGAACUCUGAAAGAUUACGAGGGUCAGCACGAAGGCCGAUGUGAAUUCGAGCGCGUCAAGUGUGACGCGUGUCAAGUCGUCAUCCUUCUCAGCGAGAGAGAGCGGCACAACGAGAGAGAGUGCGAAGCCCGAAACCUUAACUGCAAAUACUGCAAAGUCUCCUUCAGCUUUAAAGAUAUCAAGGCUCAUGAUGAAAUCUGUCUAAAAUUCCCAAUGCAAUGCAAAGACUGCGGUAAAAAGAAGAUCCCAAGGGAAAAGUUUCAAGAGCAUAGCAAAUCGUGUGCCAAGUCUAAGAUGGCUUGCCAGUACAGCGAGAUAGGCUGCAGAGCUGUGGUGGACAACGGAAAGCAGCAGGAGCAUGAACAGAACAGUGUGAUCGAGCACUUACGCCUGAUGCUGGCCAUGCUCUCGUCAGUGCGCCUUCGACCCGAUGCAGCCGGAGAGUGGCAGGAGGACUCGGGUUUCGGCCUGUACCGCGGCCCUGAAGACACGGCUCUUCCAGGCUCCCAGGCCACAUCCGGAGACCUCUGCAUGCAGCAGAAGAUGACAGCGCUGGAGAACAUUGUGUGCGUGCUGAACAGAGAGGUGGAGCGCACAGCUCUCACGCUCGAAGCUCUUGGACGCCAGCACCGACUCGACCAGGAGAAGAUCGAGAACCUAUCCAACAAGGUGCGUCAGUUGGAGCGGACGUUAACCAUGCGAGAUCUACAACUCGCUGAAUCGGAACAGAAUUUGCGAGAGCUGCAGUUUUGUACGUUCGACGGCGUGUUCAUUUGGAAAAUCUCCGAUUUCACCCGUCGCAGACAAGACGCUCUGGCUGGACGAGCGCCUGCCAUGUUCUCACCAGCAUUCUACUCCAGUAAGUAUGGCUAUAAGAUGUGUUUGAGGCUGUACCUGAACGGAGACGGUUCCGGCAGAAACACUCACCUCUCCCUGUUCUUUGUGGUGAUGAGAGGGAAAUACGACGCUCUGCUCAAGUGGCCCUUCAGCCAGAAGGUAACUCUGAUGCUUCUAGACCAGAAUAACCGGGAACACAUCAUCGAUGCUUUCAGACCUGACAUCAGCUCCACGUCCUUCCAACGACCCAUCAGUGAGAUGAACAUAGCAAGCGGCUGCCCGUUAUUCUGUCCACUGGCCAAGCUGGCAGGAAAAAGCUCAUAUGUCCGAGACGACACGAUUUUUAUUAAAGCAAUCGUAGAUCUCACAGGACUUUAAAUAAUUUUCUAUAAAAUAUAUAGGGUUUAAUGACAUUGUUUUAAUGACAUACCCCCUCGUAUAAUAUUAAUAAUAAUUAUCAGAAAGCCUGUGAAAGGCUUUCUGAUAAUAUUUAUAAUUAUGAUAAUGUAUCUUCUAUAACUGCUUUAAAAAAUAUAAAUACAUAUAGAUAUAUUUAUGAAACAUUGUAAACAUUAGAUUAUUAAUAAUAUGAUGUUUUUAUAUAAAUUAUAUAUAUUAUCAAGUGUGGUGCAAGACACUAAGAAAAUUGCACUGCAGAAAACUUGCUAACUGCAGAGCUCAAGCUAAAACUGUAGACUUCACAUUCUAGAUGUUCUAGAAGGCUUUUUUUUGUUUGUUUAAUACAGGCUUGGGUUUUGCACGGAUGCAGAAUUAAUAAAUGAAGCUGCAAAAAUGUAAUGAAUUUCCAAACCUGUAGAAAAUUAACCUGCAUGCUAGGAUAUUAGGAUGAUUUUAUUAACAUCUGGUCUUGUUUCUCAUAAAGUGCAUGUUUUAUGAGACUAUACACUGAUUUAGCUUUGACAUCAGAACCUUUAGUUAAUGAUGGAUUAUGGUGUUUUGUUAUUAACGUAGAAUGAAUAUAACAAUUCCAUACUAUAAGCAGUGUAGGAAAUACUUAUGAACGUGAACCAUCCUCUGUGUAUAUAAACAUGACGGCUCAGAAAAACACAAGUCACUUCCAGAUGAGGAUGAGGUUCUCCUUUAAGUCUGGUUCCUCUUAAGGUUCCUUACUUUUGAGACCUCCUAACCCUCUAUGUGAAUUUUUCCUCACCACAGUCACCUCAGUCACCUCAUACUUGCUCAUUGGGGAUAAAUACAAACACGUUUAAAUAUCUCUAACAUUAAUCUUUGAUUUUUUUGUAUUAUUUUAAUCUUUAUAAUAGCCUUUUGUCUUAUGUCCUGUACAGCUGCUUUGAGACAAUGUCCAUUGUUAAAAGCGCUAUACGAAUAAGUUUGAAUUGAAUUGAAUUUAAUUGAAAGUGUUGUGUUAGUUUAGGUGGUGCGAGGUGGUAUUUCCGGGUUGUUGGGUUUACCUUUUGUUUUAUGUUUGUUCGGUAAAGCUGUUUUGAGACAAUGUCCAUUGUUAAAAGCGCUAUAGAAAUAUAUUAGAAUUUAAAUUGAGUGUGUAUAAUAGUUGUGUAUCAUGCAUGUAUGAAUGUUGUGCAAGUUUUGUUCUUUUGUAGAUUUACUUUAAUUGCAUUUGAGUCACUUGCAUCUUAUUUCAUUUUAUAUACAACUUUGUAAAUGAGGGUUUAAGGCCUUGUUGAAGGGCAAGUAACAGUUUUGGUGACUUUGGUGACUUCCCUACAUCCCCACUCUAGAUGUUGUAUUUGUGUGUUAUUUUUUUAUUAAAAAUAAAAAAAAUAUAUAU